AUGGUUUUGGCACGGGUAAAGAGUGAAAGGCUAAAGAAGCCUACUCCAUCACAGGUUUCUCCUUUUAUAGUACAGAAGGUUAAGGUCAUUAUUCCAAAAGGAAAAGGAUAUGAUCUUUUUGAGCCCGUGGAUAGGCAAAAGGUCAAGCUACUUGAUGAUUGGCUAGCACUUCAACCAUCAAACAAGAUGUGGGGGAUUGAAGUUGAUGAUAUAUACAACCCAUUACACAUCAAAGGCAAUCAUUGGGUGGCUUUGUGGAUUUUAAUUCCAAAGAGACACAUUGUUAUCUGGGAUAGUAUUCUGAAUUACGCAUUUGAUGAAGAAAUUUCCAAGUUAGUUGAGCCUAUUUCCGUCAUAAUGCCUUAUUUUCUGCAUGAGACAUGUUUAGCAGAGGACAGGUGGAAGUAUCCAUAUGAUCCAUACACGCAUGAGCGGAUUAAAGUAGGAGUACCACAAAACGUGCAAAGUGGUGAUUGUGGAGUGUAUACUAUGAAGUAUAUUGAAUGCCACGCUCUUGGCCAUCCAUUUACUUCGACCUUGUGUGAUGCCAACAUCGUUGCUAUUAGGGAGAAGCUUGUUGCUGAGAUAUUCGAAGAGACUAGCAUACGCGGUUUAGAAUUUAACACAUAUAACUCGUUUGACCUAUAUGACUAA